GAUCAGCAUUUUGGAGUAAACAAAGCUCGUCCUGAAGCAGCAGCUCAGAGCAGAACAUCUCCACCCUGGUCUGGUUCCUGCUGCUGUGUUCUGGGCUCCAUAAUGGUUCCCAGUGAGAGUCGGAGUGUCUCCUACUGGUUCCCACAGGUGGACUAGUCAGACUGGUCUGGACCGGAAACCUUUUUCUUCACUUUUCCCUCAUGUAGGAACAGCAAUGAUGCGGAGAGUGUUGUCCGCAGCGCUGCUACACCUGUGUUUCUGCUGGACAGCUUCAGUUUCGGUCGCCGACUACACCGAAACGACAGCAGCACCGGGAGACGUCGCUCUGCUUCCGUGUUACACCUCCGGUAACGUGACACCGGAGCUAACAACGUGGGUGAAGAACGGGCUGGAGGUCGGGAGGCGCGGCGAGGAUUCACCGGGUCCACCUGACGACGGCGGGCGGCUCGCCGUGCUGCAUGACGGGAGUCUGAACAUCCGGGGGGUGCUACCGGGAGACGAGGGCAGCUACCUGUGCAGCUCCACAUUACCGGGAAACCGAAGCUUCCAGGCACGUGUGCUGCUGCAGGUGGCCAGUGGACCAGAAAAUGUCUCCACGUCCGUCAGUCCUGCCACCUCACUCUCCAAUGGGACACUGUUCGCCGUCCGGGGUUCCUUGGUCACUUUUAACUGCUCCGCCUCAUCCUACCCGUCUCAGCAGCUCACCUGGGGCUUCACCGGGGCGUCUUCCAGCAACGCCUCGCUGGUCUCCAGCUCUGGAUCCUGGCUGGACCUCAGGAUAGACGACAUUCAACCAAGCGCUCAGGGAGUUUACAGCUGCAGCGCCAGAAACAACGUCUCCCAGCAGACGGUGAAUAGGAGCUCCGAGCUGCUGGUCUACUACGUCCCAGACCAACACCCUGACUGCAUGUGGGCUCUUGCUCAGGAUCCGUCCAGCGUCCAGUUCAACUGCAGCUGGUUUGGAGCGUACCCGACCCCGAGGCUCCGCUGGAGGGACGACGACGACUUCCAGGUGACGGACAGUCUGUCGGUGACGUUUAACCGCUCGCUGCUGUCCGACGGCCAAACCGUGAAGUGCAGCGCCCAACACCAGCUGCUCAGACCGGGGGAGGAGAAGCAGUGUUCGUUUACUCUCAAGCUUCCUUUCCCUGAAGGCGAGCCGCUGGCCACAGCUCUGGAGGCCACCAGCGUGACUCUAACCUGCACCGAGGCCACGUCCAUCCCUCCUGCCAACACCACGUGGAGAAAAGGGAUGCAGCAGGACGAAAUCGUACCCGGAUCCAAGUACGUCGUGUCGGAGGAAGGACCCGAACUCAAGCUGACCAUCCUCAACAUCAGCAAGGAGGACGAAGGCGUCUACUUCUGCCGCAGCGAGAAUCCGCUGGCCGUCCGUGAGCUGGAGGUCUACCUCACCGUGAAGACCUCCUCCUCCUACACAGGAGCCAUCAUCGGCAUCUUCAUAGCUGUACUGAUUGUGGGAACUGCUGGAAUCGUGGCUAAAACCGUUUACUCCAGCCGACACCGAGUUUGUCUGGGAAGCGGCUUUGGCCAGCUGGAGGAGGACAGAGGAGACGUUCUGAGUCUAGUGGAGUCGGACGAUGAACAGAUCUUUCAGGAUGCCGUUCCCCGGCUGCCUCCGAUCACCAAUGGACGCCACACGACGCUCGUCCAGAUACAUCGGAUCCCGUCUAGUGAUCACGAGGAUGUGGAAACUGCUGACACAAGCUCGCAGCAGCAGGAAGACACUGAACAGACAGAAGAGCCGGAGGAUCUUGUAACAUUUUAGGUUUUGGGGUAUUUUUAGAUUAAUCUUUCAUUUUAGGUAAAUGAUAUUAACUCCCAAUGAGACUGUGAACAGAAUUGGUGGAACGUUCAUGUUAAAAAAAAAAACAAAAAAAAAUCCCAGAAUUUUCGAAACGGAAAUUGAACUUUUGUAAGCUUGUUUCUAUGAUUGAUUUGUUUGUACAGAUUUUUUGAAUGUGUGAGAUUCCUGCAGUAAAUGGUGCCAUUUAAACAAA